UUAACUUACCCCUGGUCUGUGUAGAUGGAGGAUUUCUGCUCACGACAAAAAAAAACCCGUCUGUGCAAGUGGUGGAUUUCAGCCACGCGUACAUGGUACAAUAUUUAGAUAAAGAAUAGAUAAAUAGAAAUAGAUGCAAAAAAAAUUAAGAUUGAUUUAAGAUAUAAAUGAAGACAAGUUUAGUAGAACUCGCAUUAUAACAGUUUUAGUGAAGCGCGGGAACCACAUGUGUUUGACGGCCAUUUUCUUACACAGAUGAGGGGUUAAGGGAAACCUGUGAUUGACCUUAGUUCCCUGUAAUGUACUAUCUGGUAUUUGUUUAUGUAUACUCUGUUGGUUUUCUUAAUAAAAAAAGCUGCUGCUAAGGUUGCUAUCAUUUUUUUAGGUCAAAAAACUAAACGGUUCGUAUGUCUGCGGUGGGCUUAGAGCACUUAGAUGCUCUAAGACGAUGGGACACUUUGUACCGUAGAGAGAUUCUUCGCCCAAGCUUUGUACUUAGAAGAACCGACAAGAAACUCUGCAACCGUCGUUCUCUGCGAUUUGAUAUUUCAAUCAUAUUAAGAUAUUGUGUUGGCAUCGUUUUGGUCAAAUUCAUGUCGUAAUUUAUUUCAUCAGAUACUAAAAAACUCAAAACCACUAGUUGUUUUUUUCAACUCAGGAGGUGUCUUUAUGUGGGUCUGGAUCAGUCUAUAUUUCACCAACAGUAUUACGGAACCUACAGUCUACGGUUGCAGUUUACAUGCAGUCGACAAGUCCUUGUUGCGUACCAUUUGAAUUGUUCACUAUUAUCUAUGGAUAAUAAUGACAAUCAUUAUGCCAAAAUGUGUACAUAAAUUAUCAAUCAUGAAACGAAGUGUUUUGCAUUAUUUUUAAUUUUAUUAAAUCAAAAUUAUUAACAUGGACACUGACUACAGCAGUAUGUGCUCGGAAUUAAUUGAGUCACUGGAUUAUUUACGACCCACCGUGAAAAGAACUAACAGGCAGAACGGUUCUGUCUUGAAUUUAGAGUCUAGUAAAGGAGACAUUGGAGCUUUAAAACAUUUAAGUGCAAAGUUCUCAAAGAAAGCUGGAUAUUCUCAGACAAAGAGAAGAGGUGCUGAAUCGUCUUCUUCUCUCAUUCUGGAGAAAACUACUGAAAGAGAGAUUUCAGAAAACUCUACAUCACUAAGUUAUACCGGUUUAAUCGGUACAGCAGAAAACGAAAGAAAACCCUUAAAAAAGCAAAUCCACGGUGCUGUAGAGAAACCAAUAGUUAAAGUUACUAUAAUACCAAAACCAGUGCAGACCCAAACAUCAAAUUUUCUGAAGAAGCGAAAACUUAUUGCGAAAAAAAUUCAAGCCACAGUUUCCAACCACGAGAAUUCUAUCCAGGCCAAAAAUCUAUUUUUAGUGUUGGGUGAACAACAAAGGGACCUCGUUUACGAAUUAAAAAGAAUAGGAAGCGCGAAAUUGGUCAAUAAAAAUGAACAAAAACAUAAAGAUGAUGAAGUGUCACUAGAUCAAAUAUCUAGUCUAAAAUUAGUAUUGGAUUCUCUAAAUAUGGACAAAAGGAAGGACAAGAACAGAAAGAAAAUUCCUAGGAAAUUGGAAGCUAAUUCACCAGAACCAGCUGGUACAUCGAAAUACCACCAAUAUGAUUUUCGAGAGUGCACAUGCCCUAUCAGCCCGAUUACAGCCAAAUCUGAGCAUGCGGGCGAUUUGAACUCUCGUAAAAGCUGCGUAAGGAUUACCGGUCGUGUAGGGUUGACGGAGGAUGACCGUUACGUUUUACAAUACGCAGCUUCCAUCGAUGAUAAACCAGCUAACACCGAAUUAGCUGCAAUCAACUUCAGGACGCAUCGGGACGAGCAAAGGUUUCCUUGCUCACGAAAAUGCAUAACGGACAAUUGCGUAAGAGAAGGUUCCGCGAGGAAUUUCAGGACUCACAGAAAUAGUAACAACCAAUUUGAUUCUUUGAAUGAAUCGCCAAAAAAUGUUGAAAUCCAGUCUACAAAUCCAAGGUGCAAAUUAUGUUCAUGUUGUGAUUGCUUGGACUGUUCUGUCAACAACAGGAAUGUUAGCGCGACAGUUGAUAAAAGGGAUCACAAUAUUCAAGUUGAUCUUCCUGAAGAUAGAAGUUGGGAGUCAGCUCACCAGGCGAGCGGUUCACCUAUGGCACCAAACUUAUUGAAAUGCCAAGCAUCGCACGGCACACAAGUGAAUUUUGAUAUAGGAUUUACAAACACUGUCACCUGUGAUAAUAUUAGUACCAUAAAUACAGUAAAAGAUAAAAUCAUUCAGUAUAGCUGUAUCAACACUACUACAGAUGACAAUGAAUUUUGUGAAGAGAUGACAUCAGACAGCGAAUGUGAUAGGAAUUCUUUGAAAAGGAGUCCUAGUCCCAUGGUUGUCAUAUCUGUUUAUCCCAUUCAAAAAAUGGAUGGUGAAAAAGUUAAGGUUGCAACAAAACCACCUGUUGCCAAUAAAUACUUUUCAUAUGCAAGAAAUAACCAUGUGGAAACGCAACUAAAUAAAGAACGACAAACUAGUAAAAAUUCAAUGAAAAGUAGAUCUGUGAACAAGGGCCCUAAUAUAUGUAGAAGUCGAUCUCCAUCGCCACAAACUAGAAAUCAAAGUAAAUCGAAUUUAAAUGACACCAAAGUUUCAAAAACCAUUAACAAUAGAAAAGCUAGUCCUAUUCAUGAUAGGACAACAGCAAGAACUACUUCACCGCCCAACGUCAAUCGAAAAAUUAAUCUGGAAAAGACAAAAUAUAAUAAAGAGCAAAGUAAAAGUUGGACAAGACCUAAUAGAUGGGCUCAAAAAGAAACCAAAAGUACAAAUACUGAACAUAAUGUCACAAAGAAGUUAUUAGUUGAUAGUUAUACGAAACAGUUAACGGAUUUUUUGCAAAAUAAUAAAAUUAAAAAAUAUUGUAAUUGCAAAAGAGAAAAUGACACAAAUGUACAAGUGAAUAUAGAUGGUAGUGAUCAAUGUUACGACGUAACUUUUUGCCAAGGAAGAAAGGUUACUGAUAAUCGCCGGAAAAGUAAUAAAAUAAAAAAUAGUAAACCAUUGAACGAUUCACCAUCGCUACAGAAUUUACUCAUACCAGAAGAGGAUUCUAAUAAUCGUUCUAUCUCAAAAGCCGUUUCUAAUGAUCAGCAGGACAACGAAGGCACAUUCUCAAGGUUACAAGUCAAAGAUAGUUUAGAAAUAUCUCACAGACGCGAGGAGAGCAACCCUUUCAAUGCAUGGAAGAGUGAAACUGCUACUAAUGAUGGAGAAAAAUUUAAGCGAAACUCACCUUCGAACAAACAUUACAGAGGUGACAGUUGUCCUCUUUCAAAUCCGAUAGUGAGAGAUCAGGAAAUCAGAGCUUUAUUAGGGGUUGAUAAAGGCCGAGAAAAAUUUUCUAGUAUGGUCUAUCCUGUAUACAAUAUUAUUGCACAGCCUAUGCAUUGUUCCUACGAGAGCACAUGCGAUAAAAAUAUUACCAGUUUACCUGUAAAAACUGAAAAUCAACCAGAAAGUUGUGCGUGUACUGAUAUUGCAAAUGCGAUGAAAUAUAAUAAAACCACAAACAUAAGGGAUACCAUACCUGCCAGACUGUGGAAGAUGCGGUGUGAAUGCAAGUUGUCUGUUGGCAAACGUUCCGAUAUUUGCGAAUGUUCAAUGAACAAAGAUGGACAAAAAGACCAAGGAACUGUUACAUCUCAAACUGCUUUAAAUAUCACAACGACCAAUGAAAAUCAACAAAUCCAAUGCUGCUUGGCAAGCACGCGUAACUCAAGCAGUAGUGGUAAAGAUGUACAGUGUGAAUGCAGUAUGUCUAGCUCUUACGACCAAAACAAAAUAGAAAAAGCUUCUGUUAAAUCUGUUUCAAAAACGUCAAUUUUGAUCAAUAAUAAAGCAACCCAACACGGGGAAACCCCCGUACCAAGAACAUCAUUGUACCAACAACUUAUUCUAAAUCGAAACAUACAAGUGUUCUUACAAGUGGAACAGUUUUCCAAACAAAAACCAAUAAUAUUAUCAAGAAAGCAAUACAAUAAAGUUAAGAGAACAAUCGAAAACACUAUAAUAUCAAAGAAGUCAAAACGUAAAACAUGCAUCUGCAAAACUAGUCUGCUGUCUUUAGGUGAAGUUAAGAGAAAAACAAACCAUCGGAAGUCAAAUUUAGACAACAAGGAAGCAGAAACACAACGCGCCAGUGUUAGCGAUGAAUCGAAGAAGAAUAACAGCAGUGAAGAUUUAAAACAGCAAAAUACAUACUAUUUAUUUACGGGAAAACAAAAUUCAGAUAGCGAACACGUGAAAACGCCUCGAAAAACGGCAUCUUCAGUUGAAUUUCGAUUCGCUAGCGUAUCCUGUACAAAAUAUGUAACAUUUUCGUCAACCAAUGUGGAAGUUGGCACCUCUGCUUCUCGGUUUGGUGAACAACAAUCUCCUUCCCUUCAUACAAUUUUUAAAAGUCACAGAAAAUGCGCAUCACCAAAUCUAGGAACUUCACUGUAUUCUUUGAAUUCUGAAGGAGAUACCUUAGGUCAUGAGCCUAAAAAUGCAGAACCUCGCAUUGAACCAAAGGCAAAGAAACCAUUUCUGAGGAGGCUGAUGUCCUGUCUUGUUUUGCGAUCUGCUAAAGUAACCGGUGUGAGCCGUGAAAUAAACGCAGUUACACGACCCUUUAACGAGCCAUCUCUUGAUAGCUCCUUCGAUUCAUAUCAUAUCAGCAGUGCAUUCUGUGGAGUGGAAAUGACGUCAUCGAUGUACGACACUUCGAUUUCAUUUUACAGCAACCAUAGCGUAUAUCCUGUAAAUAGCAAAAUGAAGCGGGGAUUCUUCAAUUCCGUACGUGAGUUCCUCAGCAUACGUAAAAGUCAAUCUUUAAAGGCGAAGAAUCAAUAGAAUAUUUUGGUGCAGCAAUCAUAGUUAAAUCAAUUGUUGUGUUUACUUUGUUAGUUUUGCUUUUGUUUUUUUUUACUGUCUGUCG